AUGGCUUGUAACGAGAACGUAAUAAAAAACAUAGCAAACGAAAUAGCAAGAAAUUGUCAAGCGCAAAAUGUUACAGUCGACCCAGAGUUCGUUAUAUAUUUGAUAGAUUUGCUUUUACUAAAUCCGAAGUAUGGAAAGUUAUUUGCGCGAACUAUAAGCAGGAACAAUUUGGAGUUUUUCGUUACGGAAUGUGUUUCAAUGCUGAUAAAAUGCGAAACAUCAAUAAAUACACUGAAAAUGCAGUAUACAAUGCAGUCGAACUACGACAAACUGCAAGCUCUAAUCGACAAACAUCUAGAUUCGAUUAACAGUUGUCUCCGGCCGCUGGUCAGUGAAAUACUGGAUGAGGAUCCUGAUGAUGAAGCCGCUUAUAAGAAGCUGUUCAGGAAAAUGUCCAUUUAUAUUAUAUUGGCGAGUGGUCUGGGAAACCCGGGUAGUAUUGUGACAUUAAAAGAAGGCAUGUCAGCAUUAGAGAGCGUAUUUUCAUUAGACGAUCUACGAAUUUUUACAUCGUUGCCGCGCAACGAGAAAUUAGUUCAAUUGAAUUAUUUGAUGCAUGUCGCCUCUGGAGUGCGCCUCUUCAAUAGAGACUGUAAGAAGGGAGGUGAAGGUAUACCGGAUUUGCCCUUCAACCUAGUGGACGCUGGGAAAGCGUGCCUAGCGUCGCUGUCCAACUCACUGAUCGCUGUGAUGCAGCGCGUCAACUCGCUGACCACGGCGAUAGCGGACGCGCUGUGCGUGCACGAUGAGACGGGGAAUGUUCUUAUCGAUGUACCGGCUAAUGGCACGAUCACUGAAAAGGACUACAAGCAAAUAUUCGAGCUAUUAGCGUUCAACCGUCAAUACGAAGUAUACAUUCGCAAAUUAUUAGCUGACGUUGAGACGAUGGUGCUAAGCGGAACACAACAAGUUGAGAAAUUCCGCUUGGUGUUGGAGGAACUACACGCAGCCGUUAAAUAUAAAGCUGCUGUGCCUAUUGUUACUGUUUUUCCUCUCUUCUCUCGAGUGUGGCAAGUAUGGCGCUCAAUGCAGAACAUCAUGUAUCUGGUGUCCACCGUCAACAAGCUGAUGAUCAGCCUUGGCCUCAUACAGGAACAGAUGAAGGUACCAUACAGUCUAGUACAGUCAAUGCUCAAAGGUCGAACAAUACUAUCGGACCAAGACCGCUCGUCGCGCGUGAGCGUGGAUGAGCGAGUUUCGCUCGGUUCGCUCAAGAACUAUGUGUGCGCGGACACGCUGAGCGCGGGACGGGAGCAUGUGCGGUUUCUAGGUUUUUGCGCGCUGUGUCUAACCGUGGGUGCGCUAGUUCCCAGCAACAUGAAGAUGGGACUCAUCAAGUGCAAGGGGGAGCGGUACGGCUUCUGUUCCGUCAAAAUGGCCGCCCGGUUCAGUAAGGAUCCACAACGCUAUGUGAACGAAGUGUUGCAACACGCACGCAACAACCCGCACCUUAUCAACUUGCUGGACGUAGUGGGCGACGUGCGUGCGGUGCGACACGUCGAUACACUCGUCGUGAGGACACAGCCUAAGACGAAAGUGUGCGACAAAGACAUACAGACAGAAGCUCAUCCAGUAGAGGGUUACAUCGAGAAGAAUUACACCUGGGACAUGUGGGAGUGGAAACGACGCGCCUGUCAAUGGGCAACAAUAGUGAACUGUCAAACGCAUUCGACACAAACGAAUUACAGUCACUUGCGCUCCGAGAUACAAUGUCAAACUUUUGAAGCGCGCGACAAAUGUCAACAGACUAAAAAAGAUUGUGGGAUUAACACCAUCCCCAAUAAUGUGUUCUUGUGGGGUUUGCGGGGACAAGUGGGAUACGGGCAACACUCUAUGGGAUUGGUUGAGGGGUGCACGGAAAAGAAAAAAGCGCAAGUUGUAUCUGUGUGCAGUUGGCCAUGCAUUACGAGUGAUGACGUCACUAAUGUUGAAGAAUGAUAAUAUUAUGAAUAGUUUUUGGAUUAAAUAUAUAAAUUGAUUUUGA